GCUUCCGAUUUCCCUUCAACUGACCUCGAGGGUCACCCCCCUCCGGCCCGCAUUUUCCGAUCUUCCCGUUUCUAAAAGUGAGACUUGGAAUCGGCCCAGCGCCGCCGCCCCGGCUGCUGUUACCUCGGCCCCGCCCCCGUCUUGGCCCCCAGCCCCUGCCUCUCUGUCGCCUCCGGGGUCGGGGGUCAGGGCGGGAAACCCCCUCGGGAAACCCCCGGGGAGCCGCUGGGGGAGGGGGCGGCGGGAAGGAGCUCGGGGCGCCUCUAUUUAAGCCGCCUCCCCGCGGGCCGGGGACACGCAGGGGACGGCAUGGAGCGGGGCCUCGGCCUCCUGCUGCCCCUCCUCGUGGGGCUCCUGCAGCGGGGCCGCGGUGCCCUGGAGGUGGAGCCCCCCGAGAGCGUGGUGGCGGUGCCCGUGGGCGGGUGGCGGGAGCUGACCUGCCGCCUGGCCUGCGCGGGCCCCGGGGCCGCCCCGGUGCAGUGGCGCGGCCUGGACACCACCCUGGGCGCCGUGCAGACGGGCGCGGGCAUCAGCGUCCUCUCCGUGCGCAACGCGUCCCUGGCGGCGGCGGGGACCCGCGUGUGCGUGGGCUCCUGCGGGAACCUCACCUUCCAGCGGACCGUGCAGCUCCUGGUGUUCGCCUUCCCGGACCAGCUGACCGUCUCUCCAGGGGCCCUGGUGGCCGGGUCUGCCCAGGAGGUGGCCUGCACCGCCCACAACGUCUCGCCUGCCAGCUCGGACACCCUCUCCUUGUCCCUGCUCCUGGGGGGCCAGGAGCUGGAGGGGGUGCAGGCUUUGGGCCGGGAUGUGGAGGAGGAGGCCCAGGAUGGCGAGGACUCGCUGUUCCGAGUGACAGAGCGCUGGCUGCUGCCCCCCCUGGGGACCCUCGCCCCACUCACCCUCCACUGCCAGGCGACCAUGACGCUGCCCGGCUUGGAGCUGAACCACAGCCGGCCCAUUCCAGUCCUGCACAGCCUGACCUCCCGGGAGCCCCCCAUCGUGACCUCCCCGGAGGCGACCCCCAAGCAGGGCUCCACCCACAGCCCCUCGAGUCCUGGUCCUGAGAGUCCUGGAUCUGAGAGCCUUCGCCCCACGAGUCGUGGCCCCACGAGUCCUCACCCCACCGGUCCUGGCCCCAGGAGUCGUGGCCCCACACCUGGGAACAGCUCCACCAGGCCCUGUCGCCCUGUGAUCCGCCGGUUGACAACGCCAGGGGGUCUGGAGCUGCUGUGUGAGGUGGUCUGCAGCUCUGGCGUGGCCGUGCACUGGACCCAGGCUCCUGGCGGUCUGGAGGCCUACAACAGGCGGGAGGCCGGAGCCCGGGCGUGGCUGAGCGUGCCGUGGGCCGAGUGCAACCCCGAGGGCUGGUUCCAGUGUUGCCUGGACCCAGGGGGCCAGGUGGCCAGCCUGUACCUGGUCCCAGAAAUCUGCUCCCCGGCGUCGUCCGCAGCCCUGUGCAUGGGCAGCGUGGCCCUGGGGCUGCUCCUCCUGGUGUUCCUCGCCUAUCGCCUGUGGAAAUGCUGCCGGCCGGCCACUGACCACCACGCCCACCAGCUCCUCUGGGCCCCCUGCCCCGCCUGCACCGGACUGAGCGGGCGGGAUUCAGGAGGUCACUUCUGAAGUGACCUGCCACUCCUUCACUCAGCUGCGACUGAAGGACGUCUGCAGGGUCUGGACGGCAUGAGGACUGACCGCAGGUCCCUCACCCUGAUGGCCAGCAUCCAGGCUGCCCAGCUGGCUGGGUUUCCCCUGGGUGGGGCCCCUGGGGAGCCACCCGCCACGUCCACAGCUAGAGAAUAAAGAUCUGGUCUGACU